AUGUGCCACAAGAACGGCGAGCUCGCCAACCGUGAUGUGGCCGCCAGUCUCCUCAGGGAGCUGCACUAUGAGUUGCGUGUCCUUAUUGUCAUGAAGGUGGCCGGCAGUGGUAUCUUGCGCAAGUACAUUGGCGAUACGAUGUACAUUGGGCACGAGACCGGUCUUGUCCGGCGUCAAUGCCAGGAUGCUAUCGACCUUUUUGAGCAAGUCGCGGAGUGGGUGGAUGAACAUGGAUUGGUGGCGAUGCAGCGCCAAAUCCACGCGUAG